AUGGGUUUUGUUGAAGCUAAAGCUCUAGGCUUUGUGCAGCUCUCAGUUCUACUACUGAGUUGCUUCACUGUGUUUGGAAAUGUAAUUGAUGUUUUACCCCCAAGCUCUCCUCCCCACCACCAUGUUCACUAUUCACACCCAGUAGCUUCCCCUGCACACCCACCAACACACCACCACCACCACCACCCACACCCACACCCACACCCACACCCUCCUACUGCCUCCCCGGUUCACCCACCGGUUCACUCUCCAACCCAUUCGCCGGUCCACCCUCCAACCCAUUCACCAGUUCACCCUCCAACCCAUUCCCCGGUCCACCCACCAAGCCACCACCACCAUCAUGGCCACCCACCGGCUCACCCUCCUACUCACGUCCCGGUUCAACCCCCGAGUCACCCUCCAACCCACCAUGCACCACCGGCUCACCCACCGGUUCAGAGCCCAAGCCACCCCCCAGUUCACCCUCCGCAGUACCCGCCUAAGAAACCUUUCCCAAGGAGCUUUGUAGCGGUUCAAGGCGUUGUUUACUGCAAGUCUUGCAAAUACUCCGGCGUUGACACCCUCUUGGGCGCCUCCCCUGUUCUUGGAGCUACUAUCAAGCUACAGUGCAACAAUACCAAGUACCCAUUGGUUGUGAAAACCAACACAGACAAAAAUGGCUACUUUUUCAUCACAGCACCCAAGACCAUCACCACAUUCGGAGCUCACAAGUGCAAGGUCUUUCUCGUCUCAUCACCCUCUGCCACUUGCUCUAAGCCCUCUGAUCUCCAUGCCGGUUUGAGUGGUGCAGUCUUGAGGCCACAGAAGCCAUUCAUGUCCGAGAAACUCCCAUUCCUUCUAUACAAUGUUGGCCCAUUUGCCUUUGAGCCCAAAUGCCAUUAG